AUGGGUGUUAGAUUGUGUGGUUGCUCAAACUCGUUGCAAUAUGAUUCGGUCGCGCAACUUAUGGCCAAUCGAUGGUAUCCCGCGACGGUUAACGAACUGGGGACAUGUGCUACCUUUCGCGCGCUGAAGCUAUUUCGACAACUCAAUGUCGUAGGCAACGUCAGCGCUCACGACUUCGUCGGGACCCUUGAGCGGUUGACAGAUCCUACGAAACUGGGUAAAACUCCAGAUCGAUAUCGAUCUUUCAGUCGAAUGGCAAGGCAGUAUGCCUUCCUAUUACGUCUCAAGCGUGCGGGUGUUGGCCACGAAAACAAGUCAUGGAACCCUUAUGCCGGCGGGGCAACUGAAGCCCUAGAGCCUGGGCGUAUCGCCGUGCGCUGCUGGGCUUGCCCCCGCCCUGGCGUGAAUCUUCCUGAAGGAUGGGAGAAUUGUGACCCGAAGGAUGAGUUUCUCUACAGCCUAAUGCUGGCGCUAGACGCCAACUUUCGCUUGAAAAACCGCAUCCGAGCGAACGAAAGACAGGAUGAUUCGCUUGGAUCCGGUUGGGGCUAUUUUGUGGACGAUGAACCUUACCGAGAGCAUCUGCGCGACUACGUCGCUGAAGAAGACGUUAGUACCUGUAUCGCCUUUGCUGCCUUGAUGCAGAAGGAAACUCGAAUGACGACGGGUCUUCGCGUUUCAGGAGUUGGUGGAUGUGUAUGCGCCAGACAUGGUGUCAUUCGUGCUGGGGGACUUGGUGAUCUACAGAAGGGUGAACGUUACGCAAAUAUGGACUACAUCUUUAUGCAUGCUCUGAAUGAUGCCCGGGUCAAGCGUUUGGUGGUGUCGUAUGACAUUGUCUGCCAAUGGAAAUUGUACCUGCGCCAGAGAGUCGUGAACAUCUUGGCACAAUCAAAUAUCCCCCCGAAUCUCGACUCUUUCAAUAUCGACUUCGCACUUCCAGUUUGGCAUGCAGCGGCGCACGAAGAAAGCUGUCAGAACUCAAACUCUCUCAGUUACACGGUUGGCGUUGGACGCACCGAUGGCGAGAGUAUCGAGCGGACUUGGUCCAUUUUGAACCCAGCCAGUUUUGCAACGAAGGAAAUGGGUCAAGGCAAUCGACACGACACCAUCGAGGACCGGGUCGACCACAUCAACUUCGAGAAGAACGUUGGUCAGGCUCGCAAUUUGGCCCGAAAGCUUAUCAUCUCUGUUGCGGAGCGCGACCAACAAAUUGCACAGUUUGUCGAGGUCGAUAACAGCCUGGAGCCACGAGUUCGACGGGAGUGGAUGCAGAAAGUGAAGGACUGGUUGGCCGACAAGAGUAAGCCAAACCCAUACAUCGUGGCCGGAGGCAAGGAUGCUGGACCAUCGGAAGCGCAGGUUGCGGCGGAACUCAAGCGUGCGGAGCUCAAGGAAGCGCGAGAGGGGAGAGGCGAUUUCCUCGAAGGUACAACCACUGCGACUGCCUUUGUCAAGGCCCUACUGCACUUGGAGGACCUCAAGCGUCGCAUCAAGACGGAGGUCCGUGGUAGCUCGAGUCCUUCUGCCGAGCGUGAGGUCCAAAUUGAAGAACUUCGAGUUUCUUUCUUCAAGAAGCUCAAGACGCUUCGCAACCAGCAAGAAGUCUUUAUGCCUGGGGUCUCAGCGCUGCGACAAGCGGAAGAGGAAUGUCGAGAUGCGGAUCGUCCACCCAUCAAGGCGGAGGACGUAAAACUGUGGCUUCCGUCGGAUUUGACUGAGAGUCAACGAGGGAGGGCCAGCCGGGCAGCGCUAUCGACGUUGGAGGCCAAGCUGCGAGAAGCGCAAUGUGGUGACGCGUUAUCGCAUAUUCGCAACCUUCUCUACACCAAGACCCAUAUCAUUCACCAUCGCAAUUCCCACCUCCGUCGGUCAGCGCGCUACAACUCGAUCGAGCACACUCAUAUCGCGUGUCACGGACCAAAUAAUGCGGGAGGCUACUAA